GUAACAUACAAGAAAAUAUUACAGCCUCUUCACAUUGUUCUUCGAGUAGUUUUUACUAAAUCAUGAGAACUAUGACUUGCAACAACAUAUUGUUAAUGACUGCGGCCUUAGUUUUAUCUGGGCUAUUUUCUCCGGUCAAUUGCAGAGUGGUAAAACCAUCUGACGCUGUAGAUUGUGCCAGGAACUAUGUUGAAAUAGCACAGGGCCAAGAAGGCACCGAACCUAAUGGAAUUCCAAUAUACUCAGUGCAGAUUUCAAAUAAUUGUCCCAGUGGGUGUAAAAUUUCUCGUCUUCAUAUUGAUUGUGGGGAGUUCGUCUCUAACAUUCUAGUUGAUCCUAACACUUUCAAACGUAUUAACAUCGGCGAUUGUCUUGUCAAUGAUGGGGAACCGUUAGCGGCUGGUGCUGUUAUCUCCUUCAA